GAGCGACCUGAUGUUCCCAUCGCAGAUCCGCCUCUUCUCCGAGGCUGGAGGGAACGGUCGCCGGGGUUGGGCCCGCGGACUCAUCGGGAGCCAACACUUGGCACUGAACGCGCAGGUGACCAUGUAAUGCUGUGUACAGAAUGUGUGCAGGAGCUCUCGGACACCCAGCGUCUGCCGCCACACGUAUAGAAAACUUUGCUUGACCAGGAUGGCCAAAGGAAAUGUAGGACUUCAACCACCUUCAGUUUCCUCAUUGGGACACCAGUGAAUUAGCCAUGAAUGGUGAUUCCGGAAGUCAGGAUUCAUUACAAGAUGUUCCAGACUGGAAGGAAUUUUGUGAAGUCCAGGCACGUGCUGCUGCAUCUGAUUUCGCUCAGAAAUUUCGGGUAUUUAUAAGUGAAAAUCCUCUUUACGAAUGCUCUGGAAUAGAAACCAGUUUCUCUCAACACUUUGCUUUCCAUUUUGUGGAGUACUUUGCACGAGAGGUGAAUGGGUCAUAUCUCUCAGACUCUACAGCCAGGUGCAGCUUCGCUCCAUUCUCCGACAUUCAGGGCUGCCGGCUCUCAUCCCAGGAAGCAGUCCUCCAGAGGAAAGCUGACUCCUGUUCUCUCACAAGAGGAGAGAACAUGUCAAACUCCAGCAGGCACCCAAGACAUCAGCAAGUUUGCAACGUGUCCAAUUUGGGUCAUUCUCGGAGCUCAGAGGAUGUGUCUUUCAGUGCUUCUGCCAGACCUAAAUUUAAGAAAGGAUUUUCUUUGCGGAAUAUGAGUAUGUGUAUGGUUGAUGGAAUGAAGGAGAUGUUGCAGUGGAGGUCCUCGGCUGAACCUCUGCUGGGUGCGAAGCCUGAAGGAGAGGAAGAUUCCUCAGGGAAUAGACUUGAAACUGAAGCCCACGACAGAUGGAGCCAGAAGCUUGAGCGCUUGCGCAUAACAAAGCUCUCCUCCACCAAGGUAGAGCUGCAGGACAUCCAGAGGGAAGGAAUGCUGAGGUACAUGUUGGUUGAUGACUCCAACAGUUUGAGCAGCUUACAGUGGCAGAAGUGUCGGGUGUUGCUACGGAAAGCCGUGGGAAUCGAGGAAGAAAGGUUCAUUCUGGAAUUUUACGUCCCACCAAAGUCAACAAAGUCACGAGUCAGCAUCCCGCUCUCUGCGAUUGUGGAAGUGCGGACCACCAUGCCCCUGGAAAUGCCGGACAGAGACAACACGUUUGUGCUGAAGGUGGAGAAUGGUGUGGAGUACAUCCUGGAGACUAUUGACUCCCUGCAGAAACACUCGUGGGUUGCAGACAUUCAGGACUGCAUGGAGCCAGGAGACAGUGAAGAGGAUGUGGAGUUGACCUCCUGCCCACUCGCAGUGAGUGGUCCCAGCAGAGAAUCACCCUUCUUCCCUGACUGCACCUGUGACUCAGACACUGUCACCCAGCUCCCAGUCAAGUCGUCCACUGAUCCAGACUCUGCUCUCACCGUUUCUCCAGUCAGACCAAAGGAAGUCCAGGGGUCACAGCCACUCGCUCACGUUCCUUUAGAAAACUUCCUGCAGACUUUACGUUCGGACUCUCCAAGCACCAUCAUUUCCACAGAUGAGAAGGAGCUGCCUGCAUCUCCGACCCUGCUGUCGGGAUACCCCUGGUUCCAUGGAACUCUGUCACGGAUUAAAGCAGCCCAGCUGGUACUAGCCGGUGGCAGGAGGAGUCACGGCCUCUUUGUCAUUCGUCAGAGCGAGACCCGGCCAGGAGAGUAUGUGUUGACCUUCAACUUCCAGGGCAAAGCCAAGCACCUCCGCCUGUCUGUGAAUGAAAUGGGCCAGUGCCACGUACAGCACCUCUGGUUUCAGUCCAUCCUGGAUAUGCUCUGGCACUUCCACACCCAUCCUAUUCCCUUGGAAUCUGGAGGUUCUGCUGACAUUACUCUCCGUACCUACGUCCUCGUCCCACAGCCCUUCCCAGAAGUGAGUCCAUCUUCAACCAGCAACGUGCCUCCAGGUGCCCUGAUACAACCCAGCCCCAGUGGUGAUGCUGAUCAGCCACAACAUUCCUUUCCCAAUGCAGUUUCUCGGAGCCUUUCACCCGUUGUCCAGACUGAAGACCUGCCAGUAAACAACAGAGUAGAGACUGCCCUCUCUGUGCGCAGCAAUACUUCCGAGCAUCUGUUGCAACCUCCACCUGCCGUCUCAGAGGACUACCAUGAUAGUGAUGUGCCAAGAAAUCGAAUUCGAGCUGUAGAAAAUCAGUAUUCUUUUUACUGAUACAAAGGAAUACAAUAAUGCGCACCCAUGAGAGUGUUUGGAAAGGUGAAAAGAAGCAGCUUCCCUGUUUGACUAUUGGUGACAAAGAUGAUGUGGACUGCACCAAUGGAGGGGUUCAUAUGAACUGUGAGGUGACUGAUGCCAUACGUGCUUCAGCCCCAGAUGACACUGAUUAACCUGAUUAAAUUUCUUUUCUAUAUAUUUUUCACAAUUACAGUAAAGAAAGAGCUUUGGUGGACUGUAUACUAGGGCUGAAAUGUUCUACAUCAUCAUAUUGUCUAGGGGUGAUUUUUUAAGUAAGUUUCUAAAUUAUUGCUCUUGCUUGGUCUGGUUAAAGGCUCCAUUUGUUUGCCAUUUCCUUUGUUUGACUUUCGUGGUAAUGUUGAUAGAUUUUGAAGUGAGUGGUUACCUUUAAACCAAGCAGUAAUUUCAACUGUUCAAUCAUGCUAAAGGAUGGGAUUAGAGAGGAACCUGUUUAAGUAUGAAAACUAUUUUAAUAUUACUGUAUUUGUACACUGUAGUGCACUAAUCACUUCAAUAUUGGGAGGUCCCAACUCCCUGUGGAUGGUGGUGGACAGUCUCUGCAGUUUAUUAUCCACCAACACGACUGGCAGACAGACCAAGGUGGCUGAGGGCUGUGUGGAGCAGGCGAUCCACACAUUAUUGACUUGGCUGCCAUGUUGUUUUAUGUGAGGGAACCAGAUUGACAGAAAUGCUGAUGCCCUCCACAGCUCCAGAGCUGAGCUGGAGUCAGCAUUAACUGAAAGAGAAACUGGAGUAGGAUAGAGAGGUUAAACAUGGAGAAAGUAAAUGUAUUAUCACAGUGCAUAGAGUAUAUGUCACCACUCUUGAGAUUUCUUUUCUUGCAGGCAGUCACAGUAAAUACAAGAUACACAGAAAAAUCAAUGAAAGACCAUAAAACACAGGAGCAGAAUAGGCCAUUCAAUCAUGGCAGAUCCUUUUUUUAAAAUCUCCUCAGCCCCAGUUCCCGGUUUUCUCCCUUUAGCCUUUGGUGCCAUGUCCAAUUAAGAACCUAUCAAGCUCUGCCUUAAAUACCUCAAACAACUUGGCCUCCACAGCUGUAUGUGGCAACAAAUUCCACAAAUUCACCAUCCUUUAGAUAAAGAAAUUUCCCCACAUUGCUGUUUCGAAGGGGUUCCCCUCUAUCCUGAGGCUAUGCCCUUUUGUCUGAGACUCUCCCACUAUGGGAAACAUCCUUUCCACAUCUACUCUGUCUAGGCCUGUCAACAUUAGAAAGGUUUCAACGAGAUCUGCCCCACAUCCUUCUGAAUUCUAAUGGGUACAGAACCAGAGCCAUCAAACUUUUCUUGUAUGAUAACCCUUUCGAUCCUGGAAUCAUCCUUGUGAACCUCCUCUGGACCCUCUCCAAUGCUGGCACAUCUUUUCUAAGAUGAGGGGCCCAAAACUGUUCACAAUACUAAUGGUGAGGCCUCACCAAUGCCUUAUAAAGCCUCAGCAUCACAUCCCUGCCCUUGUAUUCUAGACCUCUUGAAAUGAAUGCUAACGUGGCAUUUGUCUUCCUCACCACUGACUCAACCUGCAAGUCAACCUUCAGGGUGUUCUACACAAGGACUCCCAAGUCCCUCUGCAUCUCAGAUUCCUGGGUUUUCUUCCUGUUUAGAAAAUAAUCAGCACAUUUAUUUCUACUACCAAAGUGCGUGACUGUGUAUUUUCUAACAUUGUAUUUCAUUUGCCACUUUCUUGUCCAUUCUGCUAAUCUAAGUCCUCUGCAUCACACCUGUUUCCUCAAAACUACCUGCUCCUCCACCAAUCUUUGUAUCAUCUGCAAACUUGACAACAAAGCCAUCUAUCCCAUCAUGUAAAUGUAAAUAUACGGCAUAAAAAGAAGGUCCCAACACCAACCCCUGUGGAACACCACUAGUCACUGGCAGCCAACCAGAAAAAGGAUCUUCUUAUUCCCAGUCGCUGCCUCCUACCAAUCAGCCAAUGCUCUAACCAUGUUAGUAACUUUCCUGUAAUGCCAUGGGCUCUUAACUUGGUAAGUAGCCUCAUGUGUGGCACCUUGUCAAAGGCCUUCUGAAAGUCCAAAUAUAUAACAUGCACUGCAUCCCCUUUAUCUAUCCUAUGUGUAAUCUCCUCAAAGAAAUCCAACAGGUUUGUCAUGCAAGAUUUUCCCUGAAGGAAACCAUGCUGACUUUGUACUAUCUUGUCCUGUGUCACCAAGUACUCCAUCGCCUCAUCCUGAACGAUUGACUCUAACAUCUUCCCAACCACUGAGGUCAGGCUAACUGGUCUAUAAUUUCAAUCCUCCUUUCUUAAAGAGUGGAGUAACAUUUGUAAUUUUCCAGUCCUUUGGCACCUUACUAGAGUCCAAUGAUUUUUAUAACCAUAUAACAAUUACAGCACAGAAACAGGCCAUCUUGGCCCUUCUAGUCCGAGCCGACACUUACACUCACCUAGUCCCACUGGCCCGCACUCAGCCCAUAACCCUCCAUUCCUUUCCUGUCCAUAUACCUAUCCAAUUUUACUUUAAAUGACAAUACCGAACCUGCCUCUACCACUUCUACUGGAAGCUCAUUCCACACAGCUACCACUCUCUGAGUAAAGAAAUUCCCCCUCGUGUUACCCUUAAACUUUUGCCCCCUAACUCUCAACUCAUGUCCUCUUGUUUGAAUCUCCCCUACUCUCAAUGGAAAAAGCCUAUCCACGUCAACUCGAUCUAUUCCCCAUAUUAUUUUAAAUACCUCUAUCAAGUCCCCCCUCAACCUUCUACGCUCCAAAGAAUAAAGACCUAACUUGUUCAACCUUUCCCUGUAACUUAGGUGCUGAAACCCAGGUAACAUUCUAGUAAAUCCUCUCUGUACUCUCUCUAUUUUAUUGAUAUCUUUCCUAUAAUUCAGUGACCAGAACUGUA